GCGCCUCUGGACUUCUACACUAUGGUCUCUGGAUAUAAAACUAAAAACUGAAGGAGAGGUGGUUAACUAUCUCGCUCUCGCUCUUGCUCUCUCUCUCUCUCGCCCCCCUUCUCCCUCUACAGGAUAGAUUGAUGGGGAUCUGUCUUUCUUCUGCAUCGUUGGAGAAACAAGAGUGUGACGAGAACGUAGUGUACGUAGUGGAAGAGGAGGGAUUUAAUUAUGGCGAGGGGGCAGUGAGGAUGCUCGCUUCCCUAUAUUCUCGGCAGUGGAAGAAGGGACCAAACCAAGAUGCUGCCAUCCUCUGCACGGGUUAUGGAAUAGAGGAAGGAGUAUUCUGUGGAGUGUUCGAUGGGCAUGGAAGGAGCGGUCACGUUGUCAGCAGGCAAGUCAGAGACUACCUUCCUUCCUUGCUUCUGAGCCAGCGCGAUGCCCUCCUACUUGCCGAGGAAGAAUCUGAUGACUCCAGUGAUGGCAAUGAUACAAGCUCGGUGGAUGCUGAUGAUUCCUCCAUCUCAUCACCUGAGAUGUUUGAUGAGUGGAAAACUGUUUGCAUUCAGGCCUUUAGAAUCAUGGACAAGGAACUCAAACUCCUACCUAACUUGGACUGCUCCUUUAGUGGAACAACGGCAGUUUCCAUCAUUAAGCAGGGAGAGGAUUUAAUUAUCGCCAACCUUGGAGAUUCCAGGGCGAUCAUGGGAACCAUCUCAGACGAGGGUCGCCUUGAGGCCAUACAGCUGACCACUGAUCUAAAGCCUAGUGUUCCUAAAGAAGCUGAGAGAAUAAGGAAGAACAAUGGCCGAAUCUUUUCACUGAAGGAUGAGCCGCACACCCAACGUGUAUGGUUACCCAAUCAGAACUUCCCGGGGCUUGCCAUGGCCCGUGCUUUUGGAGACUUUCAGCUUAAAAACUAUGGUGUGAUCUCCAUCCCUCAGGUCUCAUAUCGCCGCCUAUCAGAAAGAGACCAAUUCAUAGUUCUAGCAACUGAUGGGGUGUGGGAUGUCCUUAGCAAUGAACGAGUCGUAUCGAUCGUGUGGUCUGCAAAGAGCAAGGAGGAUGCAUCAAAAGCAUUGGUGGAAGCAGCAGUUCGUGCAUGGAAAUCCAAGUUUCCUACUUCGAAGGUGGAUGACUGCUCUGCUGCUUGCCUCUUCCUGCAAGAUAGGUGGCAGGGCCAAAUGAUUCCAAGGGUCGAGAGAGGUUGACAGCCUCUGGAGAAGGCUCUGUGGUUUUGAAUGGUUCUUCCAUGUCAGGGCAGUCCAUUAGGAUAGAGUGACAUGAUGGUUGGGUUUUUGUGGUUGUAGACAGCAUGUGGUGUACAAAGAACAAACAUCAGAUGCAUGCUUCAUGUCCCCCAAAAACCUCCCCAAAACUUGUUCAACUCACAGUUUUUUCAUGCCGGUGAAUCUCACUUGGAAAUUAUCUGUCCAAUCUUUAAUGGAAUGCUUGCUAUCUUAGUGU